AGUCACGUCAGAUGACGUCAGAAGCAUGAGUGAAUUGAAAUGUCGAAAGUCAUGAGCUUCCGUAGGUUUAUAUUAUUAAUUCACGUAUGACAUGAUCGUUAUAUGAGGUCGAAUUAAUAAUUGCUGAUUUGUACCAUCAUGGUGCCAUAAAUAGCUACUAGUGGCUAGCGGGGUUCGAGCAUAAGACAAGAUGGUUCACAUCAGCGGGGUUCAAACAUAAGACAACAUGGUAGACAGAUGCGGGCUUCAAACAUAAGACAACAUGGUGGACAGCGGCGGGGUUCAAACAUACGACAACAUGGUGGACAGCGGCGGUGUUCAAACAUAAGACAACAUGGUGGACAGCGGCGGGGUCUCGAGGCUCGGACACAUGAAGGCGCUGCUCGGGGUCCUCGCAGGAGCCGGAGCUUCGUACGGGAUUUAUAAACUUGUCACUGGGGAAGUUUUCCAGAGGAAGCAGAAAGGUGGAGGAAGUGGACGUCCCCCUGGGUGCAGCGUCCAGGGCCAGGUCCAGGAGACCGUGCAGCCCGGGAGCCUGUUGGCCAAACUAUCAGGACUAGAUGUGGUCCAGACCAAAGGCGCAGUGGUCCGGGAUGUACAAGAAGUGAUCGACUCGAAAUCUCCUGGAAACCUGAAACCGGAAAACAUCAAAAUGCUGCUUUGGUGCCUUCAAACAAGCAGCGAGCAGACCGACAGGUGUCGGGUUUUAGUGACUUUAGGAAACGCUGCUGCGUUCAGCGCCAACCAGGACGCUGUGAGAGAGCUGGGUGGUCUCACCCUCAUAGCGCGCUACCUCUCGGACCCUGCAGCGGACGUCAGGGUACAGACUCUGAAUGCCUUGAAUAAUUUGAGCAUGAACCUCAAAAACCAAGACGUUUUGAAGGUCUACAUCCCCCAGGUCCUGGAGCUGAUAGAGACUUCUCCGGUGAACUCUAACCUUCAGCUGGCCGCCCUGAGGCUGCUCACCAACCUCUCUGCUGCGGACGUCUGCCACCAUCUGCUGAGGGACUCCAUCAGACUGCUGCUCUCCCUGCUGGUAGUGAGCAGCCAGGUCCUGCAGAUUCAAACUUUGAAGGUCCUGGUGAAUUUGUCGUCAAAUCCCGAUAUGAUGGACGACAUAGUACAGGCCACGGUGCCCGCGUCUGUUGUGCUGCUGUUUGACCUGCAGACGGCCCCUGCGGUGCUCCAGCGCCUUCUGGCCUUCGCAGGGAACCUGAAGGCGUGGACGCCGUCCUCCCCAGUGGCGGCCGAGCUGCGCAGCCGGCAGGACUGCCUGUACCGGGUGCUGCUGGACCCGUCCUCCACGCUGCACAGCAGGCUGGUCCAACUGCUCUCCCACCCCGACCAGGAUGUCCGCGCACAUGUGGCUCAUGUGCUCCUGUGAGGCCCGGUGUGAAGACUCGCUGGUGACAGUCUGCCUCAAGGGGACCAACACCGCCAUCUGAAGGCCAGGGGCCACCGUGGAACCCCUUUUGGCUUUAGUCCUGGUGUGGCUGUAACUCGUCUCCAUCCGACACAGAAGUUGGCAGAACCACGGAAAACGGGGCGGCCAUUUUGAAGAACUCAUCCAUUUAAAAGUUCCCUGUUCUGCUCAUGUUGAGAACCGGUGAAAGAGACCUCUUGAUCUGCACACAUCAAGUCCUCUUUUCUAAGUGCUUCCUGUCUGCAACAUGUUGUUAAACAGCAGGUUUCUUUUUUAUUAUUUAAUGAGAAUAUCCAAAGCCACUGCCAAAUCGGUGACUCCGAUUGUUGUCUGGAGUUCUCCCAAAACAUGAAUAAUGUGAGCGGUAAAGCCGAGGUCCUGCUGCAACACCUGCUACAGCUGUUGGAAUACAAUGACUUUGGCUAUCUAUAAUAUUAAAAGAAAAAACAAAGCCCAUUUCUAAUGAAUUAGUGUAUUGGCUAAAUAACAACCAGAGAGACAGAGCCCGACAAAGGGCCAGGGAGCUAAACUGAUCCGUCUAUUAUUUACUAACAUAUGGCCUUGAUAUUACUGAAAGUUACGUCUUGGGUAUUUACCAAAAUGGAUGCAGCUUGGGUCUGCAAUUGUCUAAUGUAAUGUAAUCAUUUAUUACUGCUAUAAUAAGCCUUUCAACCUUGUUUUUACAAACAAGUUAUAGAUUCGUCGUAGGGUUUACCAGACGCACUGAGAAAUAUGUGUAAUUCUAUAAGAGCCCAGUAUGUACUGUAUAUGUACAGUAUGUAUGUAUGUGGCUAAAGCUAUCAACCAGUGAGCUAUUUAGUGUGACACUUUUUAUGAUGGCCAACUCUUAACAGAAAUGCCUGUUUUGUCUGCUUGAAUGUCUCAAUACAUUACUGAUGUAAAAUGUUUGGAGUUUGACCCGAAUUAUAAUCAGUCUUCAUUUGACGUGCAUUAACUGACGAUUUAUGGGACAUUUAAACAAGACGACACAAUUCAAGGAGAAUUAAUGAUGUGGAACCUAGCGGUGAGUUUACAGAUUGAAACCAAUUAAACUAAACACAGUAAAA